AUGCACAACUGGUCCGCGCCACACUCGACGACACCGCAUCUCACAGCGCCGCCGUCGCAAUCGCAUCCGGACCAUGGAGACUGGCCGCACUCGCCCAGCGCAUUGGCUGCUGCUGUAACUCUUGCGACUCUCUCUGACGGCAGACCGGCCGACGACGACGGCGAUGACGAUGACGAGGUGGAGGACGACGAUGACGAUGGCGGGGGGAUAUCGCUAGAAGACUACCAGCAGUUUAUGGAGACCAUGCCCGGGUCACAUGGAGCAGGAGAGGGAAACAUCGACGAUGAAGACCCAUCACUGGAUGAAGGAGGCACGAUUGAAGACAUGUUUGGCCCAAUUCACCCGUCAUAUAUUACAUACAACGCUAUCGACAUGUUUGAUCAAACAUCCAGCAUCCCUCACCACCUGCACACAUCCACCGCAUACAUCGCCGCGCCAAUGGCUAUAGGGGCCCAAACAAUACACCUGCCAUAUGGUGCUGAUCCAUUGCUCGAGCCGCCACCCACGCUCAAUGAGCCGCAUCUGAGCAUCCAGGAUAGGGCAGCUUUUUGUCCCAUCACUUCUUACUUCCAUCGUUUCUUUGGACAUUUCAAGCCCGUCGUUCCUGGUCUGGACCUCGUGCAGGUGCCGGAUUUUAUUAGUCGGGACGACCUGAAGGGCGACGAAUAUGACUACCAGGGCAUCGACUGGACGAAACGCAACACUACACGUGCAGCGGUUCGUAAGGCGCGAUCUCAGCACGAGCGUCAAAGAGUGCUACAUAGCGUCAAAGCAGUUCGGAAGUAUAUCCAUUCAACACCCAACACAGACAGCUUCUUCCAGUUUCGAAGGAUCAACACCAAGCCCCGUGCCUUCGUACCUCACUUCCAGCUGCGAAACAUAGUGACAGCUACAUCCCGCAACGAUGUCUAUUAUGCCAAAGGUCACCAGGUACUCCACACAGACGCUGAAGGUGUGCCCGAAGAUGUUGUCGCAGAUCUCAGCAAACAUCUAGCUCCUGAUGCAUCAAUAACCACCAUUGCAUCACACGGCGAUGUACUUAUUGCCGGCGCUUUUGAAGGCGAGUACGCCAUCGCAAAUCUUGCUUCCACCCAAGGCUCGGCCUAUACCUUCGGUCGCACCUCGGACUUUGCAACAGACACAAAGUCGCGGAUAGUCAAUCACAUGCAUCUGUUCUCCUCACGCCGGACUUACACCCCCCAAGCCGUCCUAUGUUCUAACGACCACCACCUCCGCGUCCUAGACUGCGGAACCAACACGCUCAUUCACUCAUUCCAAUACCCAGCAGCAGUUAACUGCUCAGCAACGAGCCCAAACGGCCGCAUGCGUGUAGUAGUUGGCGACUUCCAAGAAACGCUCAUCACAAACGCAGAAACAGGCCAAGCAUUCGAAACAUUGAAUUCCCACACCGACGACGCUUUCGCCUGUGCCUGGGCAGACGACGGCAUCCACGUCGCAACCGCCGCCCAAGAUUCCACCAUUGUCGUCUGGGACGCGCGGUACUGGGAGAAGCCAUUGGCCGUCAUGAAGAGCGAACUGAGUGUCCCACGGUCUCUGCAUUUCUCACCCAUUGGCUCUGGACCCCGUGUUCUCGUUGCAGCUGAAGCGGAUGAUUUUAUCAAUAUUAUUAAUGCACAGACAUGGGAGUCAAAACAGGUCUUCGACUUCUUUGGCCCCGCGGGUGGUGUCUCGUUUACGCCUGAUGGGCAGUCUCUGUUUAUUGCUAACGGAGAGAGACGGUUUGGCGGUAUUAUCGAACUCGAACGUACGGGUUGGGCGGAUAAGACGGGCAGGCGGGGCAGUUUCGAUGACGAGCAUCAGGAAGAUAUUGUCACAGAUUGGGUAGGCGAUGGUGCGCUGGAUGCUGACGGCCGAGUUCUGGCUGGCGAUGUGCAGAGACAGAGGCGACAUGUUGAUUUGAGCGGUGUUGUUGUGUGA